GGAGUGGGGGCGCUGGCCGAAGGAAGAAGUGGUGUUUGGGGUACUCAUACUAGGUGGGGGAGGAGGAGGAGGAGGAGGGACUAGACCUAGGGAGUAUGAGGGUGGAGGGAGUACAUUCCCUUUGGACCUGUCAUUGUCAGCGCUAUCAGCCCACUGGGUGUCCUCAAAUUUCGCCUCCUCCUCCAUAUAAAGCCCAACUUCUCACCCGCUCCACUACUACUACUACCACUACUAAACGACCUUUUGCCUUCCUUCUUCCUCACCCACGCUCUCUCUCUCUCUCUUCUAUUUUCUCUGCCGUCGCUUCUUCCUGUAUGGGUGGAAGAGAAAAGGUUGCGAAGCAGAAAGCAACUCUGAAAAUUCCGCGAGGUGAUUUUUUCCCAAUUAACUUGUAUGGCUCGACCAACGCCAGAGCCCGUAUGCCAAACCUUGUAAAAGGUGCAAUGAGGGGGCAACAGCAAAUCUUUCUCACUUGGAGCUCACAAUUGGAGAUGGACGCCUGUUCUUCUCCAACCAGCUCCAUCUUGACGGUUGCUCCUUCAUUCUAAUUGGGCGCUAUCCUACCUGAGCUUUUCCACAGCCCCGCCACUUCUUCAAUGUUUCGCCUUUUUUUUUUGUUUUUGUUUUUUUGACUUGUUGCCUUUUGUUUUUCUUUUAAACUGCUUCUUCUUGACCUUGUAAGACCUUUUCUUGACCUUGUAAGACCCUUCGUCCCCUAUUUUGCCUUUGUUUUUCGCCUCCUCCUGAACCUUAUAUCAAGAUUUUUUGAUACGAGGUUUGGACGCGGCGUUUCUUCGUUCCCGCCCAACUCACGUUCUCCUUCCUUGUCUAUCCCUCCUGAGCUAUCGAACAAAAUUUGGCAUGGCAUCUCACUUUACAAAUGGCUUGCCUACUACAAGCAAGAUCACUUAAUCAGCACGCUGUGAUCACAAGAGUAAUACCGGGCAUUUCGAUUUUCAAAUUUUGAUUAGGUUCUUCCCUCUCCUUCCUGUAAUCAAAAUUAUGGAUAAGAAAUUUGCAUUAGCUCAAGUUUGCUAUGAUGAUGUAAAAGGGUACUCACUAUCCAUAUAGUUCAUAUAUAAUAAUGACUACUAUCGAUCUGCUUGAAAGCCAUA